AUGUGGCUGGUGGAGCACCAGUCCAGCCUGAGUUCUCGUGGGGAGGACGUGGGCACCGAGUGCCGUGCAGAGCAGCCAGCGGGCGUGGCGACAGCGGCAGCCAUGUCCUCGAGCAGCGGCGAAGUGAAGCAGCACUUCACAGACCGCCGCUGGGAUGAGGCGCUGGACCUGAUGCUGCGCCGUCUGUGCUACGGCACGCUAGCUGGGGGCGUGGCGGGCUUCUUGCUCCUCAGGGCGCCCACCGCCCGCGCUACUGCGCUUGGGGUCGGGGCAGGCUUUGGCCUCGGCAGCGCCUACCAGAAGAACCAGGAUCUGUUCCACGAGAUUUUCGGUGUGCAGCCCGAUGCCAGCAAGAAGGGCAGCACGUGA